GCAGGGCCGAGCCUCCGGUUGCCGCUGGUGCUCCGGUGUCGGAGGGCGUAAAGCCGCAUUCGGGCUCCAGACGAGGCGGUAGUUUCAGGCUCUCCUGCGGCACCCGUGUCGUUCGGUACCAAGCAAGUAUGGCUGCUAAGAAGCUGAGAAGAGCAAAGUUGUCUCAGGAGCUGUGUGAAAGACUAAGCCGCUAUCAGAUCACUACCUGCCAGGACUUCUUAUGUCUUUCUCUCUUGGAGCUAAUGAAAGUGACAGGACAGAGCUACAGAAAUGUGCAGAAGCUUCUUCGGAAAGUCAGCCUAGCUUGUGCUCCCAAAAUGCAGACCGCUUAUGAAAUGAAGAUGAGGAGGUCUGUUGAUCCCUCUGCAGCCUUUUUACCCACCUCACUGCAUAGUCUGGAUAAAGUCUUGCAUGGUGGAAUACCCUGUGGAUCCCUCACAGAGUUAACAAGCCCACCAGGUUGUGGCAAAACUCAGUUUUGUAUUACAAUGAGUGUUCUGGCUACGCUGCCUGUAAGCAUGGGAGGACUAGAUGGGGCUGUUAUAUACAUUGACACAGAGUCUGCAUUCAGUGCUGAAAGGUUGAUAGAGAUAGCAGGAAACAGAUUCCCUACUUAUUUUGACUCGGAUGAAAAGCUAUUUUGCAUGACCCGUAGCGUUCAUCUGUAUCGAGAGCUGACCUGUGACAGUGUACUGAAGAGAAUUAGGUCUUUAGAAGAAGAAAUUAUUUCAAAGAAGAUUAAACUCAUUAUAAUUGACUCUGUAGCUUCAGUUGUCAGAAAGGAAUUUGACACAAAACUCCAAGGCAAUCUGGCAGAGAGAAGUAACUUUUUGGCUAGAGGAGCAUCACUGUUGAAGUAUUUGGCAGAGGAGUUCUCAAUACCAGUUAUCUUGACGAAUCAGAUUACCACAUCGUUGAGCAAUGGCCUUGCAAUCCCAGCAGACCUAGUGUCUCCAGCUUACGAUUUGUCCCUGUCUGAAGUUUCAGGAGCUUCUGGAAGUGGGAAGAGGGAAUCUGCUUGUGUGACAGCAGCCCUUGGUAACACAUGGAGUCACAGUGUCAACACCAGGCUCAUCCUGCAAUAUCACGACUUGCUGACAAGGCAGAUCCUGGUUGCAAAAUCCCCUGUUGCUCCAUUUUCCACAUUUUUCUACACCAUUGAGAAAUCAGGCUUGGUUCUUCAAGAUGGAAAGAAUCUUUCAAAUUUACCUUGGGAUGGAACCAAUCCUGCCCUGCAAACCAUACAAGUGAGAAACACUGCCUUGAGAAAUGCUUUACUCAACAUCACUGAUGAGACUCCUGGCGAUACACCCAGUCUAUAGAAAGGUCAAAUGCAAUCUUCACUGAUAAAUGAAUGAACAACCCUGGUUUUUAAAAAUCCAGUGAAGCAGAUAGUUAGGCAUUCUUCUUUUGCCUGUUUAGAGACUAACAUAAAAAACAAGUGCUGUUCUCUCUACAUGUGGGCCAUAUUAAACCUUUGGAAUUAUGAAUUUUUUGAAUAUUGUUCAGGUUAAAUUAAAUUACAUAGUAAUAAAACUCUAUGAACAACA